CUAGUCAAUACGCCGACCGCCUCUCGCAGGGCUUCACCCACCCUCUCGAUAGAAAUCGAAAUAAAUAAAAGUCUUUGUGCGUGGACAGGAUGUCAGCACACUUUUUCCGGAACUAGCUUCAUGGGAGAGCGACCAUUUGGAGGAGGGGAAACGAGCGAGCAGCAUCCUGAUCAGGAGCAUCGACGCGCUCUCCACUAAUCGAAGCUACUGCUGCUGGCGUGUCAUUGUUGCUGUGGGACGCCUCUUUGGUCUUCUGGGUUCUCGGACUCGAAGCCCGAAUAAAACCGCAGGGUGCCUUGUGUUUUUUGUUUGUUUUUCCCCUUCCGCCUUCCUCCACCUUUGAUGGCGGCGAGGGUGGCAGACGGGCAGCACUCGGUUGUUUUUGCCGGAAAAUGCAAAUGAUUGUCUUUUUGGGAGGAGAUGGACUGAGGAAGAAAGUGAAGGCGGACGCUGUGACUCUUUUGUUGUCUUGAAGGCGCCAUGCAGCUCGCAAGUCUCUCUUCGGCCCGCUUGGCUCUUUUGUCGGAUGAUGAUUGUAGCCCAGGCUCCCAGAUGUGAGCGCGUGGAUGGCGUGUCGUGGUCGUGGUGCUGCACAGCCCGCGUCGAGUCGCCCGCGUCGGCGUCGCUCUGUCUUCUGCUUCGGCGAGCGAACAUGAUGGCUCGUCCUUCUCUCGUCUCGCGUUCGUCGCUGCUGCUGCUGCUGCUGCAAGCUGCUCGCUGCACAUGAACGCCGGCUGUCUUGUUUGCUUGCCCGACACAAGACAAAUGAUAUGGGACGUGUUUUGUGAGGAAUGGACGCUGGCUUUUGGCACACAUGGCUCGUUUUUUUGGCCGGCAGUGAGCGCGUGAAUUGUCCAAGCGAGGAGCGUAAACACGCAUCCAUCCAGGCGCACUUUUGGUGUAUCGGCGUGCGUGUGCGCGUGUGUAUGUAGCGGCCCAACAUGUUCAAGUAUCGGAUCCGCAUGUUUCUAAACGAACUGAAAGUGCUGGUGUUGAUGCGAUCCGAAUCGAGCCCGUCCGGCGGUGGCUCCUCCUCCGAGCGCUCGGCCGCCGCCAUGCGAGGCUUGGGGAUGGGCGGCUGCGGCUGGCCGCCCUUCGUUGACUGCCGCUCGCGCAACGACGAAGAGGACUACUACGGCAGCAGCGAGCCGCGGCCGCGAAGCCUGCAGGCCUACGACGACAAGGAGCCCAAGCUGCAAGUGGGCCUGGACGCUGUCUCGCUCGCCAGCACCGCCAGCAGCCUGCGGAGCCCUCAGUGCAGGAUCUGCUUCCAAGGCCUUGAGCAGGGAGAGCUGUUGAGCCCGUGCCGGUGUGACGGGUCGGUGCGCUGCACCCAUCAGCCCUGCCUCAUCCGCUGGAUCAGCGAGAGGGGCUCCUGGAGCUGUGAACUCUGCUACUUCAAGUAUCAGGUUCUGGCCAUCAGCACCAAAAAUCCUCUGCAGUGGCAGGCCAUCUCUCUGACGGUGAUCGAGAAGGUGCAAAUCGCCGCCAUCAUCCUGGGCUCCUUGUUCCUCAUCGCCAGCAUCUCCUGGCUCAUCUGGUCCUCCCUCAGCCCCUCGGCGAAGUGGCAACGGCAGGACCUGCUCUUCCAAAUCUGCUACGGCAUGUACGGAUUCAUGGACAUCGUCUGCAUAGGCCUCAUCAUCCACGAGGGCUCGUCAGUCUAUCGCAUUUUCAAGCGAUGGCAGGCCGUCAACCAGCAGUGGAAAGUUUUAAACUAUGAGAAAGCCAAGGACCUGGGCGACCCGGUGAGCCUGAGCGGCAAGGCGGGGGCCCGCGGCGCUCGCGGGACUCCUCUCGGCCUGGCGGGUGGCAGCGCGGGCCGCCAGGGCAGGAGGCUGAGAACUAUUCUGAACCACCACUGCGGCUACACCAUCUUGCACAUCCUCAGCCAGCUGCGGCCCAACGACCCGCGGAUCGGGGCCGCCGCUAAUCGGGAGGUGGUGAUGAGGGUCACCACCGUAUGAGGCCCAGAAGGACCUCGGAAGAACUCCUCUUUGAGCCCUUACAUAUGAACGGAAGGACACCUUAUCAAAUAUGAAAGCCGAAAUAGUAAAUGGACUCGCAAAGGAGGCAAAGUGACGCCCGGAGCAUCAACAUCACACCGAGACACUCGCCAGGAGUUCUCCACUUGUUUCUUACAACUAAAAGGAAGCCAGAUGCUCCUUUUCAAUAAUGGAGGAAGUGGUGGGGGGGAAAAAAAAAAAUGACAAAAAAUGUUUAAAAUACAUCAUGGAAGGAUGCGAGGGGGGAGCGGGGGGCAUAAACAGUCUUUUUAACCUAAUGGGAGACAAUGAGAUGUUUUUUCCAGUUCAAUAUCAGGAUGCACAGAGACUUUUCUCUUUCGGUUGAUCCUCGCGUUACAUUUGCAUCUCUUCUCCUGCUUUUGUUUUCUACUCCAACUUCAAUUUUGUACGGAUCAAGAAACCAUGUAACUCAUACAUACAUGUCAAGCCUUUCCAGACACCUCCAGUAUGUCCAAUUCUUGAUCUGAACAAGCUUCCCAAUGCUGGCCAAUAGACGGAACAGAAAGAAAACAAACAGGAAGAAACUGAUAACAAUAAUGUCCAUAGGUGUGAUUGUGAGUGUGAAUGGUGGUUUGUCCUGUGAUUGGCUGGCGACCAGUUCAGGGUGUACCUCGCCUACCCCUCAAAGACAGCUGGGAUAGGCUCCAGCACACCCGCGACCAUUGUGAGGAGAAGUGGUUCGGAAGAUGAAUGAAUGACUAAUAAUAAUAGAGAAAUCAACGAGACAUAAUCUCUCUGCAAUAAAUACAUAUGGUCGCUGUUGGGCGGAAACCCAAACUGUCAAAAUGACAACUUAACAGGAACUCAAAAGAAAAAAAAAAGGCUUGUUUUGAGUUCCCAGGCACUGCUUUGUUCAAGUUGUAUGAUACACACAGGUUUCCGCCAAACAGAGACGAAAUGUACAUUUCACAGGGAAUUCUGCAUGGGUAUAUCAUUUUAUUUAUCACAUAACAUGAACACAAAUUUGCUCUGUUUCGAAUGGUGCUUGCCAAAAUAAACACUUUCAAACCA